AUGCUGGUUGUGGAGGCUUUACUCGUCGCUCUCUCAGCUACGGCUGUAAGCAGUGCUCCUUUGGCAAGGCGUCAGUUCUCGUAUGGAUCGACGCCGGUAAGAGGCGCCAACAUCGGCGGCUGGCUGGUGUUGGAGCCAUGGAUAACGCCGUCCAUCUUCAAGCAAUUUGAUGGUGGGGUGGUCGACGAGUACACCUUGACCCAACAAGUGCCCAAUGCGAGGGACAUCCUUCGCAACCAUUGGGACAGUUGGGUGUCGCUGGCCGACUUCCAGAAACUUGCGGACAACGGCUUCAACUCAGUCCGGAUCCCUAUAGGAUACUGGGCCUUCGAGAAGUAUGGAGGCGAUCCCUACAUCCAAGGCGCAGCAGACUAUCUCGACAAGGCCAUCGAUUGGGCUCGUCAGACAGGACUCAAAGUCUGGAUUGACCUGCACGGCGCACCGCUUUCACAGAACGGACAAGACAAUUCCGGCCUAUUGACCUCAGCACCAGGUUGGACGUCUGGUAACACAAUCCUUGCCACGCUCGAUGUCAUAGGCCAGAUCUCCGACAAGUACGGCAGCGCAGACUAUGCAGACGUGAUCUCGGGUAUCGAGUUGCUGAAUGAACCCAGGAUGGGUGCUCUACCUGGCGGGCGAGGCGCCACUGAAGGGUACUACCAAGCAGGCUUCGAGACUGUCCGGAGCAAAAGUCAGGCGCCAGUCAUCUUCCAGGACGGCUUCACCGAUCCGUCGUCGUGGAACGGGUUCCUUACCGGUCAGGGCACUUCCGGUGCCAUCGUCGAUCACCACGAAUACCAGAUGUUCACCAACGAACUCGUGGCAUUGACCCCCGAAGAACAUGUCAACUACGUCUACUCCAGCGCCGAUUCGUGGGCGCAAGGACAAGAUAAAUUUGUCAUCGCCGGCGAAUGGACCGCCGCCAUGACGGACUGCGCCCCAGCCAUCAAUGGCUACGGCGUCGGCGCGCGGUAUGACGGGACCUAUUCGACCCCCAACGCAGACGGCAGCUACACCACCUCCCCGUACGUCGGGUCGUGCGACACCAUCAACUACAUCGACCAAUGGAGCGAUUACAACAAGACAACGACAAGGGCUUACAUUCGCGCGCAGCUGGAUGUCUUUGAGAACCAAAUCCAGGGGUGGUUCUUCUGGAACUUCAAGACCGAAGCAACGGCCGAAUGGGAUCUAUUCAGGCUCAUUGACGCUGGUGUCUGGCCUGACAUGUGA